UCAUUUGAGCUAACUCGAGCAUCGUUGUGCUUUAUUUUUUCUAAACGCAUUUCAUUUAAACUUAUUAAAAUGGCAAAGGCUAUUAUUUCAUUGUUGAUCGGUUGCACUAUUUUCCUGUUACCAAUCAACGGGCAGAACUACAACGAAAAGUAUCGUCUUCAAGUUCAUUAUUCCGUACCAUCGGGUUGGAUGAAUGAUCCAAAUGGAUUGAUAUAUGAAGACGGUUACUAUCAUCUAUUUUAUCAGUACAAUCCCGCUAGCACAACAUUCGGACCACCACAUUGGGGACAUGCACAAUCACUCGAUUUGGUGCACUGGGAGAACUUACCGAUUGCAAUAUAUCCAUACAACGAACAAUGGAUAUUCAGUGGAUGCUGCGUCCUCGACAAAGACAACGUUACUGGUUUUGGUUCGCAUUUGCCGGGACAAUCUGAACAGCCACUAAUUGCCAUAUACACACUUCAUGAACAACACGGUGAAACACACAAAGAAACUCAAGGAUUGUCAUAUUCACUUGAUAAAGGUAUGACAUGGACUUAUUACGAUGCAAAUCCAAUCAUUCCAAGUCUUGGCAUACCAGAUUUCCGCGACCCAAAUGUUUUCGAACGCAAUGGAACAUUUUAUAUGGUCUUGGCAGAGUUUGAUCGAAUUGAAUUUUUUAAAAGCAAAAAUCUCAUAAAUUGGGAACCAAUCAGUAAAUUUGGUGUGGAUCCGAUGGAAGGCAGUAAAGAUGGUGUCUGGGAAUGUCCGUCACUAUUUUCAUUGAAAGAUGAACAAAACAAUGAACAUGACGUGUUAGUUGUUUCGGAAAACAUACCAAACAGUGCUAUUGAAUACUUCAUCGGUAAAUUCGAUGGAGUAAAAUUCAAUACGUACAAUAAGUCAAGAUCGUUAAGACUUGAUUUUGGUCAUGACAAUUUUGCCGCCGUUCCAUAUGUCAAUGAUCCAUUUGGACGAAUUAUCAUGGUGAGUUGGAUGUCCAAUUGGAAUUAUUCACUUGAUACACCAACAUCAACGUGGCGUGGACAAAUGACAAUUCCACGUGAACUGAAACUUAAAACGGUUGAUGGCAGUCUCUAUCUUGUGCAGCGUUUGGUUGAUGAUUUGUACAGCCUCAUUGAUGGAUCAAGACAAUGGUCACUAUCAACACCAUACCAUUUACUCGGCAAUCAAAACAUCAACUUAUCAUCACUCAUGCCAUUCAAAACGGGUUCAAUGCUAAUAUUGGAGUAUGCCAUAAACAUUGAAAAUAUUAGAAAUGGUGAAAUUGGCAUAAAAUUCGGUAACAAUCUCGGCGAAUCGGUUUUAUUCCAUUACAAUGUGAGCAGUGACACUUAUGUAUUUGAUCGCCGGAAAUCUGGAAAUGUAACAUUUAACACGAAAUUUGCGGAUCAAAUUGCGAAAGCCAAACGUAUUAGUACAAGCAAAUGCCUUUCUGGACAAAUUCUUUUAGACACAGCGUCGAUUGAAGUAUUUGCCGAUGAUGGUUUGAGUGUAUUCACUUCAUUAUUCUUCCCAACCGAACCAUACGAAAACAUUGAAUUGAUUUUUGAUACGGCAGACAAAUCAGCGACUGUGGAAAAGUUAAGCGUUUCAGCAUUACACAGUAUUUGGACGUAAAAAAAAAUCAAAAUCGAUCUCUGCAUAAUCACAAGGAACACGAUAAUAAGUACGAUGCAAUUAAGUAACAAUAAUUUAUUGUAAUAUUUAGUUUUUAAGAAUUAAGUUUAAAUAUGAAAAAUUAUGAAUUCUGAAUAUUGUUCAUUAUUUUCAAUAAAUAAAUUUUUUGGUAAUAGA